UCAUAGUUUAGUUACGAUUUCGAAAACGACCCGACGCGUCCCGCCGCCGGCGACAAAACCGCCCGAUUUCUCUGACGAAUCCAGUUUCUUUUAACCUUCGUCAAGUUCUCGAACGUCUUGUUUAGCGAAUUUUGUACUUUUCUGUGAUUGUGUUUUGACUUGAGUGUUUCGUGACACUAUUGGAUUAUUGGUGUUCCUAUUGUAUUUGGUCGAAGCCUAUCAUCAGAGCGGUAGUGUUGGUCCAACCGCGAGCGUAAUGUCCCCAAGCUAACAAUGGGGGUCACCGACGAUUUAGCCCCUAGCUUCACACAGAAGCCCCAGCUGAGGCAGGAAGAUGACGGCAACAAACUCGUCUUCGAAUGCCAGCUGGUCGCAUCGCCCAAACCGGAGAUAUGCUGGUUUAGGAGCGAUGAACUGCUCAAAGAAGAUAAUAGGACCAAGUUUAAGAUCCAAAGCAUCGCCAACAACAAGUUCCUGGUGGUGCUGGAACUAGAUGACGUGAUCGAGACCGACGCGGGGCUGUACAAAGUUAAGGCUAAGAAUAAGAUGGGCGAGGUGGCCGCUUCCAUCAACCUUAACUUCAGCCCUGCUGACGAGGAAAAACAGAAACAAGUGGACGGUAAAGCGCCCACGUUCGCGCGCAAGCCGGCCAUUCGGCAAGAAGACGAUGGCAAACGGCUAAUAUUCGAAUGCCGCAUAGAAGCUGAACCCCUGCCCCAGGUGUCGUGGUUCCACAGUGGCGUGGAAGUCAAGCCUGGAGCCAGGCAUAAGCUCACAGUGAGCAAGGAGGCAAAGUCUUACUAUGCAUCACUGGAGAUCAACAACGUAACUGUGGAAGACGCCGGCAAAUACAGGGUUACGGCUAAGAACGAACUCGGCGAGAGCAAUGCCACGAUCAGCUUGAACUUCGAUAGCGACGAAGCGCCCGUGCCUGAGGACUUUAUCAAACCGACGUUUACGGAGAGACCAGUCAUCAGGCAAUCGGAUGAUGGUACCAAAAUCUCAUUCGAAUGUCGAUGUGUUGGCAAACCGAAACCAACCGUCACAUGGUACCAUGGAAAAAAGAUGAUAAAAGAAAGUAGUAGAUAUAAAAUAACGUUAGAAGAGGACCAAACAUUAUACCACAUGGCGCGACUCGAAAUCUUAGGCGUUGAGAAUGCGGACAGAGGAGAAUACAGGGCUGUAGCGAAGAACAAACAUGGUGAAGGCGUAGCAAAAAUUAACCUAAACUUCGAAGGCGGAGAUAAACCUAAAAUACCCGACGGUAAAGCACCGAGAUUCCCUAAAAAGCCAACCAUUAGACAGGAAGGCGAGGUACUUAUUAUGGAAUGUAUAUUAGAAGCAUACCCAGUUCCAGACAUCACGUGGUUCCACGGAGAUAAAGAAAUUAGGGAUGGUGCUAAAAUGAAGAUGUCCAGGAAAGCCACUGGAAAAGAUACAUUUAAUUUGACGUUAGAAAUUUUAGGCCCCACGCGGGAAGAUGGGGGCAACUAUAGGUGUAACGCCUUCAACUUGUUUGGCGAGAGCAAUGCCAAUAUUGCUCUCAAUUUCCAAGGUGGGGAUGACGAAAAUGGUUUCCCACCAUCUUUCGUGGAGAAACCCCGAAUCAUUCCCAACGAGGACGGCACACUCAUCACUAUGCGUUGUGUCUGCAAAGCAAAGCCGGCGGCCGAAGUCACGUGGUACCGAGGCACGACCGUCAUCAAGGCUAGUAGUAAAAUCGAAAUCAGAUCAUCUGAAAUGGGUGAAGACGUUUAUGAGUUAUUGUUGCUUUUGACAAAUCCGACGGCAGCGGAUGGUGGCUCUUACCGCUGUCACGUCAAAAAUGAAUAUGGCGAAAGCAACGCUAACCUCAACUUGAAUAUUGAGGCUGAACCAGAACCAGAAGGUGAAGGCCCAACAUUCGUUGAAAAGCCAACAAUUCAAUCAAAGGAUAAUGGCAAAUUAGUUAUAAUGGGAUGCAAGGUCAAAGCUAGCCCGAGACCGACGAUCGUGUGGUACCACGAGGGUAAAGAAAUCAGGGACUCGUCGAAAAUAAAGACCAGGGUCGAGGUCCACGAAGACGUAUACACAAUCAUAUUGGAACUUAUCGAUCCUGGUAUUGAAGACUCCGGAUUGUAUAAAUGCAACAUUAAAAAUGAACUUGGAGAGCUCAAUGCGAAUCUUACGCUCAAUAUUGAAAUCAUUCCAGUUAUCAAAGAGAAACCAAAGAUCAUUAAGAUAGUUAAGAAGAAGACUGUUAUUGUUGAAUGUAAAGUAUUAAGUAAAUUUGCACCUGCAUGCACAUGGUUCAAAGAGAGUACAGCUGUUAAAGAGGGCUCUAGGCAUACUGUGCUUAUUGAGCCCAGUAGAGAAGGUGAAUUCACAGUCAAGUUGGAAAUCUCAAAUGUAUCUCAAGUAGACAAAGGCUCGUACAAGCUGGUCGCCAAGAACGAGAAGGGUGAGGCGACGUCACAGAUUGUCGAGAUCACGGACAUACCUGAAGAGAAGGGCGACAAACCACAGAUCAUCAAACAUCUUAGGAGUGUGGCCCGCAAAGAAAACGAGGAAGCCGAGUUCGUGGCAGUUCUCAAGACCUCAGACCAGUCGUGCAGAUGCACGUGGUACAAGAAUUCGACUGUCAUCAGAGAUUCCUCAGAAAUCAACACUUCAUUUGAUGGCACCAACGCCAGGCUGAUCAUCAGGAAGGUUUCUUCUAAAUAUGUCGCCAACUACAGAGUGGUGAUUAAGAACGAAUUCGGUGAAGACGAGUCUAGUGCUGACUUGACUAUCGUCGAAGAAAAGAAAAAGAAGAAGGAGGAGGAAGAAGAAGAGACCACCGUUAUCGAGGAAUCUGAGGAGGAGAUGUCGAUAGUGGAAGAGAAAUCCAUCAUCGAGGAAAACCAUGUCGAAGAGAAAAAGAAGGAGGAAGAAAAGAAAUCAAUGAGAAAAAUGUCAACAAAGAAGGAGGAAGUUAAAGUCGAAGAAAAGAAAGAAGAGGUCAGCAUUGAGGCAAAGAAAACUGAAUCUAAGGUCGAGGCCAAGAAGGUCGAAUCUAAGGUACAAGAGACCAAGAAGGCCGAACUUGAAGCCGAGGAAACCAAAAAGAUAUUCGAGAAGAGGCUUUCGAAAUCUGAAGAAGAGAAGAAAGCUCUUCUGGAAAAACUUGAAAAGAAGAAACCUGAACCUGAACCAGAAAAGAAAAUUGAAGGCAUUCCAAAACUUAGGUCUGUCAAGCCUAAGGAAGAACCCGUUGAGGAAAAGAAAGAAGACAUUAAGAAGAAAACAGAGGAAAAGAAGAAGGUGGUCAAGAAGAAGGUUGUUUCUAAAAAGGACGAGGACGUUAUCGAGUUCGUCGACGAUUACGAGAGACCAGUAUUGGAGAAAUAUGAAAGGAUUACACCGACGCCGCUUGAUAAAAAACCUAAAGAGGAUCACACACCUAAGGCUAAACGCGCAUCUAUCGCUGAUAGCGUUAAAAGUGAACAAGACAGUGAGGAAGAACCCUCAGUGGCUGCACCUGCACCAGAAAAGAAGCCUAAAGUUGAACCUAAGAAGGUUGAAGAAGAAAAGACUGAACCAAAGCGGCCUAGUAUCAAAAAGGGAUUGCCCAAACCAGAGGAGCCUGUUGACGAGCUUUCUAAAGUUAAACUUGGUAAAGCUCCAACAAAAGCUGAAGAAACUAAGCUUGAGGAACCUCAGGUUGCUAAAACCAAAAAACCGGUUAAGAAGCCGGGUGAACCAGACGAGUUCGUUGACGAUUAUGAAAGGCCAGACCUCGAGAAAUACGACAAAUUCACACCAACUCCUUACGAAAAGUCCAAAAAACAAAAUGGGGUUGAUCAGGCCGAUCACGAGUUUGUUGAUGAUUAUGAGAAACCUGAACUCGAGAAAUACGAAAAAUACACACCUACGCCUAAGGACAAGCGUCCUAGCGAAUCUCAGGAUGACGUAGACAUGAUGAAGGGUAAAAUCAAACCAAAGGAAAAAGAACCCGAACCUGAAGUGCCUACACUCCGCAAACGACCUGUCCAAAAGGACAAGGAGGAGGAAAAACAACCAGAAGACAAGCCUAAGGCUAAACCUAAGAAAAAGGAUGAGCCUGAAGCUAAAAAGCGUCCUUCUCUUAAAGAGAAAGAGGUUGCUGUUGAGGAGUUUGUCGACGAUUACGAGAGACCAGUUCUCGAGAAAUACGAGAAAAUCACGCCCACACCUCUUGAGAAAAAGAAAAAGGAAGAGAAAAAGCCUGAGGAGGAAGUACCCUCAGCCACAGCAACUGCUAGACGACGAUCUGUUAAAGACAAAGACAAACCAGAGCCAAUGGACGUUGACGAAAGCGUCAGCCUAUCCAAACCUAAGGCUCCGGCUAAACCCGGCAAGGAACCUGAAGACGUUUCACUUACACACAAAACACCUGCUGAAAUUAAGCCUACGGAAGGCGAGGCUGAAGCUAAACUCAGUGUUAAGAAACCAGAAAUUGUUGAGGAAAAGACAAUUAAGAGACCUUCACCUAAAGAUCAGGAAAAGAAGGGAGAGGACACUGAGGAGGCUGUCAGCCUAACCAAGCCUCGCACUAAGACAAGCACAACUGCUCCUGAAGAGGCACAACUCACACAAAAGACACCCGCUAAGAAAAAGUUAACGGAGGGUACUGAGGCAGCACAGUUGAAAGUCAAAAAGCCCGCUGUCGUUAAAAAGGAUAAGGAAGACGAGGAUCAGGACCCAAUCAUAGUAAAAGGUGGUAGAUUUGAAAAACCCCAGCUCAAGAAAACUGUUAAGAAGACAACAGAACAGCCUAAAAAAGCUGUGUUUGAGGACAGAGAGAUUGACGAAGACGGGAUUGAACUCGACUUUGUCGAUGAUUACGAAAGGCCAGUACUCGAAAAGUACGAGAAAAUCACGCCAACUCCCACUGUUCGGGAGAAGAAAGAAAAGGAAACAGCUAAGGUGACGAUGAUCGCCCAACAACAACAGCAUCUUGAAGUGAAGACCGAAAGCCGAAGGACAUCGUUCCAAAGCGAGGUCAAGGAAGAAAUGAAAUCAGAGAGCCGUAGGAGCUCCAUCAUGGAAAACAAGGCUGUUAAGCUUACAAAGGAAACUGCUGAAAGCAGAAAGUCUUCACUAACAGCUUCAAUGGCUGAAGAACAACAAGUUGCUACUGCUUUGAAAAAGACGGCACAAAAGAGUACGAUAAAGGCAGCAGAAGCAACAGAAAUGGAACAAGUUAAACUUAAGAAAGUGGCAGUUAAAGAAGAAGAAGUCAAAGAAGAAGCCAAGAAGGCCAAGGUUACCUCAGUCAAGAAGAAGGCUGAGGAUCUACCAGAAAUCGCUGACUACGAGAGACCCGAGCUCGAGAAAUUCGAAAAGCCGGAGUUCACUCAAACAACAAAGGAAAAACCAGAGAAGCCAAUACCAAAGGUACCUGAAAUCAAAGCGCCUGAAGAGAAACCAGUAGCACCAAAGAUCGAGGUCAUACGUGAGAAGUCUCCAAAGCCAGAAAUGCCAAGGAAACCUUCCCUUGUACCUGGUGCUCCUGUCGGAAGACGUGGUUCCCUUAUUCCUCCACCAGAGGAAAUGGGAAGACGUCCUUCCCUUAUCAUCAGCGACGAGGUCACGAAAUUACGUCCCGGCGAAGUAUUAGACGAGAAAAAGAAACGCGCCAGGCCGGGUGAACUCUCCGACGAGAGACGAAAAUCUGGCGACGCCAGGAGGCCGUCCGUGCAGGAUCUUGAAGACCUCAUCAACAAACCUUCAGUGCCUCUUAAGCCUAUCGGAAAUGAAGGCCCACCGGUCAUUGUUGAUGUGCAAGAAAGCUACUCUGCUGUUGAAGAUCAAACUGGUUACCUCACGGUACAAGUGGAGGGUAGCCCAGCACCUACAUUCAAGUUCUACAAGGGUGUCAGUGAGAUUAUUGAAGGAGGCCGUUUCAAGUUCAUCACCGAUGGUGAAACUGGUCUCAUCACCCUGUGUAUGAGGAAGGUCAAGCCCAACGAUGAAGGCAAAUACAAAGUUGUGGUCAGCAACAUCCAUGGUGAAGAUUCGGCUGAAAUGCAGCUUUACGUAUCUGACGCCAGUGGUAUGGACUUCCGUGCCAUGCUCAAGAAGAGGAAGUACGCCAAAUGGGGGGAAAAGAAAGAGGACCCCGACUGGGGAGACCUCAAAGAGACAGAAAAGCCAAUUCCACCCCUCAAGAAAGUGGAAAAGAGAUCCCAUAAUAGAAGACCGUCACUGGCUGAACUGAUCCCGGAUUGGCCGGUGCUACACUCGUUCAAAAGAGACGAGAAACAAGAGUCGUUCUUGAAGCCCCUCGUAGAUCAAUUCGCGAAAGAAGGCAAGGAUAAGAAGGUUACAUUCGAAGCCAUCUUUACUAAACCAAAUGCGAAGCCGAAGUGGUUCUUCCGUAAAGAUGAGCUAUUCCCCGGGUCUAAAUACAAGAUGACAAACGAACAAGAUUCCUACAAACUGAUCAUCAUGGGACCCAAGGUCGAAGACACCGGUAAAAUUACAAUUGAGAUCGGCGGCAUCACUUGUACCGCGUUCUUGCAAGUCGAUGAGCCUGACCCUACCUACACGUUCACCAAGCCACUGAAGAAGAACACCAGUGGAUACACGAAGCACGAGUGCGUCUUGGAAUGUGCCGUCUCCAACAGCCUCGCCAUAGUCUCCUGGUGGAAGGGCGAGGAGAAAUUGGAAGAUGGUGACAUAUUCCAGAUCUCCAAGGACUUGUCUGGUGUCUGCAGGCUAGUCAUCAAGAACUGUAAGUUCGAAGAUGCUGGCAAAUACACGUGUAAGAUUGAGAAGCAACCUGACAAGACUGAGACUGAUGUUAAAAUUGUGGAAUACCCAUACAAGUUCACAAAGGUACUUAAAUCUCAACAAGCUAUUGAGAAAGAUACUAUCACGCUUCUUUGUGAACUGGACGAUGCUUCUGGAGAUGUCAAAUGGUUCAAGAACAACGAGCCUCUGAAGGUUGACAAGCGUAUCUCGAUCGUGAAGGAGGGUCGCAAACGCAAGGUCAUCAUCAAGGACGCCAAGGUCACUGACGCUGGCAACUUCAAGUGUGUCAGUAACGCCGAUGAGACUGCUUGCGAAUUGAUUGUCAAUUACUCGAAUCGCUUCAACAAGAAGUUGAAGGAUACAGAAGCAAUUGAGAGGGACAAGGUUGUCCUGGAAGUAGAAUUGCAGGACCAGACCGCUGAAGCCGUUUGGUCUUUCAAUGGACAGCCUAUUGUGCCUAAUGAAAGAAUUGAAAUCAAGAACCUGGGCGGUGGUAAACACCAACUCAUUUUCAACAAAUUGGAGAUGGAAGACGAUGGUGAGAUUCUCUGCGAGUCCGGCAAGUUGACCUCGUCUUGUAAACUGACUGUCAAGAAGGGCGAAUCCAAGCCCUCCAUUGAAUGUCCGGAUGAAUUCAACGGACCCCAUGACCGACCAUUCGUCAUUGAGGUGCCUUAUAAAAUUGAUGGCACCCGUCAAACACCAAUCGAAGCUAAACUAUGGAAGGAUGGUAAAGCCCUGCCCGCCAAAGAAGUCGAGGCAGUGGUUGAGCAAGAAAAGGUUCUAUUCAAGAUCAAGAAGCCGAGCAGAGAAGCCUCUGGCAAAUACACGAUUAAACUAGCCAACGCCCAGGGCGAGGACACGAAGGAUGUCACGAUUAUCAUGCAGAGCGUCCCAUCAGCUCCUCAAGAUGUACAGGUCACGGAAGUAUUCCAGACAUCUUGUGUGGUCGCCUGGAAGAUACCUCAGGACGACGGUGGCACUCCAAUCGCCAAAUAUGUUAUUGAGAGACAGGAUAUGUCUCUUAAAGCAGGAUGGGACAAUGUCGCUGAAGUGGCAGUCGGUCAGCCGCUGAAAUACAAGGUCGAAGAUCUCAUCCCGAAGAAAACUUACAAGUUCAGGAUUCGGGCUGUCAACAAGAUUGGUUCCAGUGAACCUGGUCUCUUUGGCAAGCCUGUACUGGCUAAGGACCCAUGGGAUGAACCAUCGAAGCCCAAGAACGUUGAACUUACUGACUGGAACAAAGACCACGCUGAUCUCAAAUGGCAGAAGCCUGACAACGAUGGCGGUGCACCAAUCACUGGUUACGUCAUCGAAUACAAGGAGAAGUUCGGCAAGGACUGGGUGACCGGCAAGGAGGUUCCUGGGGACUGCCUGGCAGCCACUCAGGAUGGCCUCAAAGAAGGCUGCACUUACGAAUUCAGGGUCCGCGCCAUCAACAAGGCUGGACCUGGUGAACCUAGCGAUGCUACCAAGCCUAUUGUCGCUAAGUGCAGAUUCGUCAAGCCUUACAUCGUUGGCGAGGGUCUUCAGAGCAUGAUCAUCAAGAAGGGCCAGGUUAUCACCUUCGACAUUAAGUACGGUGGUGAGCCUGAACCGACAGUCAAAUGGAUGAGGGGAGAAGAGAAACGUGGCAAGCCGUACACGGAGAAGGAGAUCACCGAUGAUGGUGAUCGCAUCACCAUUGACAAGUACGAGAGGAACACUGUUCUGACGGUCAGGAGGACCGCUAGGGCUGACAGUGGAAAAUACAAGCUGGUGCUGACCAACUCUUCGGGUACCUGCGAGAGUGUUGGCGAUGUGGUUGUCUUGGACAAACCAAACCGCCCGAACGGCCCAAUCGAAGUCGUGGACAUCCGCGCCGAGAAGGCCACUGUCAAAUGGCAGAAGCCAGACGACUGGCAGGGAUCCGACAUUACUGGAUACACUCUCGAGAAAAUGGAUAUGGAUACUGGCAACUGGGUGCCGUGUGGUGAAACCGGCCCAGACCCUACAGAGUUCACCGUCAAGGGUCUCACUCCGAACCACAAGUACAAGUUCAGGGUACGCGCCGUCAACAAGGAGGGCGAGUCCGAGCCGUUGGAGACUGACGGCUUCAUUGUCGCUAAGAAUCCUUACGACCCACCAAAGGCGCCUGGAAAGCCCACAAUUGUGGACUACGACAAUAUGUCGGUGACCCUUAACUGGGAGCCACCGUCAGACAACGGUGGAAGACCAAUCCUUGGAUAUGUUGUGGAGAUGAAGGACAAAUUCUCUCCUGACUGGAUUGAGGUUGUAAAAACAAAUGACACCAAGACGGAGUACAAGGUGGAAGGCCUUAAAGAGAAGAUGGUGUACCAGUUCCGUGUGAAGGCCUACAACAAGGCUGGAGUCGGUGAGGCAUCACAGCCCACUGACAACCAUCUCUGCAAGCAUAGGAACUUGAAGCCACGCAUCGAGCGCAGCACCUUCAAGUCUGUCAUCAUCAAGGCUGGCCGCACUCACAAGUGGUCUGUGGAUGUCAUCGGUGAACCUCCACCGGAGAUGACUUGGUCAUGGCGCGACAACAUUAAGCUAGUGAACACGGAACGCAUUAAGAUUGAGAACAAAGAAUAUCACACAGACUUCACUAUUGUGAACGCCGUGCGUCGUGACACUGGCAAAUAUAAGUUGAGAGCUGAAAACUGCAAUGGUUUCGAUGAAGAGACCGUUGAGUUGACGGUGUUGAGCAAGCCUAGUGCGCCUAAAGGCCCAUUGGAAGUGACAGACAUCCACGCAGAAGGCUGCAAGGUCAAAUGGGAGAAGCCGGAAGACGACGGUGGCUCUCCCGUCAAGGAGUACGAGCUGGAGAAGAUGGAUGUCGCCACUGGCAAAUGGGUCAGGGUUGGCAGAGUGGCGGGUGACAAGAAGCCUCUAGAGAUGGAGGUGACAGGCCUGGAGCCAGGUCACCAGUACAAGUUCAGGGUGACAGCUGUCAACGAUGAGGGUGACUCCGAACCUUUGGAGGCUGAACGCGCUAUUCUUGCUAAGAAUCCCUUCGACGUCUCCGACAAGCCUGGCAACGUCGAGGUUGCUGACCACGACAACCAGAGCGCGGAGAUCAAGUGGGACCCGCCCAAGGACGACGGCGGAGCCCCCGUGCUCAAGUACAUUAUACAGAAGAAGCCCAAGGGUGGGGACUGGGAGAAUGCUGCUGAGGUACCUGGAAGCCAAACCUCAGCCAAGGUUGAUGGUCUGCCAGAAGGCAGCGAGUACCAGUUCCGCGUGGUCGCAGUCAACAAGGCUGGACCGUCAGAGCCUUCUGACCCUACCAAGAUGACUACUAUCAGACAUAAGGCUUUGAAGCCGCGUAUCGACCGUACAAACCUCAAGGCUUUGGCGGUCCGCGCUGGCAAGCCUAUUUUCUUCGACGUCAAUGUGAAGGGUGAACCGGCGCCGAAGGUGCAGUGGUUCUGCAAAUGGAAGGGUGAUGAGAAAGAGGUAACAGAAAACGUAAUAAACGUAGACUACAACACCAAACUCGAUAUCAAGGAAGCGGUUCGCGCCAUGACAGGCACCUACCGUAUCCUAGCAACCAACGAGCAUGGCUCUGAUGAAGCUGAGGUGGAGAUCACUGUCCUCUCGGCUCCGGGCAAACCUGGUGGUCCACUCAAGGUUGCUGAUGUCACGAAGAAUGGAUGCAAACUGGCUUGGAAGAAGCCUGAAGAUGAUGGUGGCAAGCCAGUUACAGGCUACGUAGUAGAGAAACUGAACAAGGCUACCGGUCGCUGGGUGCCUGUCGGCAAGACUGAUGACACGGAGAUGGAGAUCAAGGGUCUGCAGGAAGGCGAGGAGUACGAGUUCAGGGUCAAGGCUGUCAAUGAUGAAGGGGAAUCUGAACCUUUGAAGACUGAUCAUUCGAUUAUUGCGAAGAAUCCUUAUGACAUCCCCGGCAAGCCAUCAGUGCCGACCAUCGAGGACUGGGAUGUGGACCGCGUGGACCUCAAGUGGGAAGCUCCCAAGAACAACGGCGGAGCUCCCAUCACAGGAUACAUUAUUGAGAAGAAGGAGAAAUAUGGAUCUUGGACUGAAGCUCUUGUUACUAAUACGCCAGAAUGCAAGGCCCGUGUACCGGAUCUGAAAGAAGGCAACGUAUACCAGUUCCGUGUGAAGGCCGUGAACAAGGCCGGCCCCGGUGAACCGGGAGACGCCACGCAACCGCACACGGCUAAAGCACGGUUCUUGAAACCGCACAUCAACCGCGACAAGAUGCAUGCUAUCCGCGUCCGCGCGGGCACCACCAUCAAGUUGGAUGUCGACAUCAAGGGUGAACCCCCACCAUCCAAGACCUGGACCUUCGCCAAGAAGGUCCUGGAAACAGGUCCAGGGCUUAAGAUCGAGAACGAAGACUACAACACCAAGAUGCAGAUCUUCGACUCGACCUGGCAGAACACCGGUAUUUACACGCUGAAGGCUGAAAACGACUCAGGUGUCGAUGAAGCUACAGUUGAAAUUACUGUGCUGGACAAACCCGGCAAGCCCGAAGGUCCACUAGAGGUCUCCGACGUUCACGCAGACCACGUGAAGCUGAAGUGGAACAAGCCCAAGCACACGGGAGGUCUGCCCCUCAGUGCCUAUGUGGUGGAGAAGAUGGACACCCUGACCGGGAAGUGGGUGCCGGCUGGUACUGUUGACCCUGAUACCACGGAGGCUACUGUUACUGGUCUCGAAGCGGGUCACACUUACCAGUUCCGAGUAAAAGCCUUAAACGAGGAAGGGGAGUCAGAACCCCUCGACACAGACCAUGGUAUUCUCGCCAAGAACCCAUACGAUGUUCCUGCACCACCUGGUCUUCCGGAUAUUGUGGACUGGGAUGAGAAGUCCGCUAAACUCAAGUGGGAACCCCCCAUUAGGGAUAAUGGAGCUCCUAUCACUGGAUAUAUUAUUGAAGUCAUGGAUAGAGAUAGAGGAGAGUUUGUUAAGGCUGUUGAGAUCCAAGGCAACAUCUGCCAGGGUACAGUUCCUAAGCUGGAGGAAGGCAACCAGUACCAGUUCCGCAUCAGAGCGCUGAACAAGGCUGGACAGUCCGAACCUUCGGAGAACACCAACUGGCAUACUGCUAAGCCACGAUUCUUGAAACCAAGAAUCGACCGCACAAACUUGAACCCGAUUACCGUCAAAGCUGGUCUGCCAGUCUCCCUAGACGUGAAAGUCUUCGGAGAACCCCCAGCCAAGGUCACCUGGUACUUCAAGGGUGAGGAGUUGCAGAACAGAGAGAAUCUGGAGAUCAUCAAUGUGGACUAUAACACCAAGUUCUUGAUGACCAAGAGUAAGAGGGCACAGUCUGGCAAAUAUGUGAUUAAAGCCAAGAAUGAGGUUGGUGAAGAUGAAGCUGAGGUGGAAAUUACUAUUCUUGGCAAGCCAUCCAAGCCUCAAGGUCCUCUGGAAGUGGCUGACGUGACCAAGAACGGCUGCACACUCUCCUGGAAGAAACCAGAAGACGAUGGCGGCUCACCCAUCGAAUACUACGAGAUUGAGAAACUUGAUCCGCUUACUGGCACUUGGAUCCCAUGUGGAACAGCCAAAGACACGAAGGCCAACAUCACCGGCCUCUCAGAGGGCAAGCCUUACAAGUUCCGCGUGAAGGCCGUCAACAAGGAGGGAGAGUCUGAAGAGCUGGAGACUGAGAAGCCUAUUAUUGCUAAGAAUCCCUUCGACGAGCCUGGCAAGCCGGGCAGGCCGGAGCCGCGCAACUGGGACAAGGACUUCGUGGAGCUGGAGUGGUCCGCGCCCAAGAGCGACGGCGGGGCUCCCAUCACUGGGUACAUCGUGCAGAAGAGGGAGAAGGGUGGCAGGUCCUGGACAGACUGCCUGAAGACAACAGGCGACAGGCCUACGGGCCGCGUGACGGACGUAGAAGAGGGACACGAGUAUGAGUUCCGUGUCAUCGCGGUCAACAAGGCUGGGCCGGGAGAACCUUCCGAUCCUAGCAAGAGUGUUAUUGCUAAGCCUAGAUUCUUGGCACCAAAGAUCGACCGCAAAGACUUACAAAAGAAGAAGAUCAAGGUUGGCUCCCCUCUCAAGAUGGAAGCCGACGUCAAGGGUGAACCGGAACCUAAGAUCACUUGGACCUUCAAGGGCGAAGCCCUGAAGCCCCAAGAAAGGCUGAAGAUCGAGAAUAAGGACUACCAUACUUCCUUCGCCAUGGAGAAGAUGACGAGAGCUGAUGCUGGAAAGUAUGUGGUGACGGCGAAGAAUGACUCCGGUACUGAUACUGUGGAAAUUGAUGUUGAAGUCGUCAGCAGGCCUUCGAAGCCUAAAGGACCUCUUAAGGUAUCAGACGUGAAAGCCGACGGCUGCAAGCUGAAAUGGGAGCCUCCAGAAGACGACGGAGGCGAACCCAUCGAGAACUACGUGGUCGAACGUAUGGACACGGAGUCCGGACGAUGGGUACCAGUCUGUACCACUAAGACCCCGGAAGCAGACGUUACAGGGUUGAAUGAGGGCAAGGACUACCUGUUCAGGGUUAAGGCUGUUAACCCUGAGGGUGAAAGUGAGGCUCUUACUACUGAUACUGCUACUACGGCUAAGAAUCCUUAUGCCGAGCCCGACGCCCCCGGCAAGCCCGAGUUCAAGGACUGGAGCGCGGACCACGCCGACCUCAAGUGGGACGCGCCCAAGCACGACGGCGGGGCUCCCAUCACCUCGUACAUUGUGGAGAAGAAGGACAGGGAUACCGGCAAGUGGGUGAAGGCUGCUGAGGUACCCGGCAACAAGACAGAGGCCCGUGUACCGGACCUCAUCGAAGGCAAAACUUAUCAGUUCCGUGUGAAGGCGGUCAACAAGGCCGGACCCGGUAAGGCGUCCGCGCCUUCCGAGAAUCUGCUGGCUAAGGAUAGAUUCGCGCCGCCUAAGAUCGACCGCACGAACAUGCGCGACAUCACGCUGAAGGCGGGACAGAACAUCCGCCUCGACGUCAAGGUCAGCGGCGAACCGCCACCGACCAAGACUUGGUUCCACAACAAGGAACGCCUGUCCACUCGCGAUGACCUGACAGUGGACGUAGAAGACUACAGGACCAAGUUGUCCAUGGUGAUAGCCACCCGCAAACACAGCGGCACCUAUGUGCUGAAGGCUGAGAACAGCAGUGGCAAGGAUGAGGCUACCAUCCAGAUCAAUGUGCUGGAUGUGCCGGCUAAACCUGAGGGUCCUUUGAAGAUCUCAGACGUCCACAAAGAAGGCUGCACCCUCAAAUGGAACCCGCCGCUAGACGACGGCGGAGCACCCAUCGACCACUACCUGGUUGAGAAGCUAGACACGGAGACAGGCCGCUGGAUGCCCGCCCUCAAGACCAAGGACCCGAAGGCUGAGGUGGAGAACCUGGUGCCGGGGCAUGAGUACAAGUUCAGGGUGUCUGCGGUGAAUAAUGAGGGGGUUUCGGAGCCUUUGGAGGCUGAACACUCGAUUAUUGCGAAGAAUCCGUUCGACGAGCCCGGCAAGCCCGGUACUCCAGAGGUGGUGGACUGGGACAAGGACCACGUGGACCUCAAGUGGGAGAAGCCGCUGAAGGAUGGCGGGGCUCCCAUCACUGGAUACAUUAUUGAGAAGAGGGAGGUCGGAUCGCCUAAGUGGGUGAAGGCUUGCGAGGUCGGUCCCAACGACAACGAGAAGGCCACAGUUCCGAACCUGGACGAGGGUACGGAGUACGAGUUCCGCGUGAAAGCCGUCAACGAGGCCGGACCUGGUGAACCUUCCGAUGCCAGCAAGUCUGUUGUUUGCAAGCCUAGGAGACUGGCACCUAAGAUCGACCGUCGCAACCUCCGCAUCAUCAAGGUGCGUGAAGGCGAGCCGAUCUCUCUGGACGUCAAGGUGUCGGGCGAACCCGCGCCUGAUGUCACUUGGACACUCAACGGCAAGUCCGUUAGCAGCGGCAAUGGAUUGAAAUUGGUGAAUGUACCGUACUUGAGCAAGUACCAACAUUCGAGCCCGCGCCGCAAGGACUCGGGCACCUACAAGAUUCAGGCCGUCAACAAGUAUGGACAGGAUACCGCUGAAUUGGAGAUUAUUGUUACUUCCAAACCCGACAAACCCGAGGGACCGCUAGAAGUGUCAGACAUCCACAAAGACGGAUGUACCCUCAAAUGGAAGCGGCCCAAGGAUGAUGGUGGUGAACCUAUCGAAGCGUACCUGGUUGAGAAGUACGACACGGAGACUGGAUCCUGGGUGCCUGUUGGCAAGACCCAUGGAAAUGUGCCUGAGAUGGAGGUCGAUGGCUUAAUUCCUGGCCACGAAUACAAGUUCCGCGUGAAGGCGCUGAACAAGGAAGGCGAGUCAGAGCCGCUUGAAACAUUCGGAUCUAUCAUCGCUAAGGAUCCAUUCACAAUCCCAGACGCACCCGGUACCCCAGUACCAGAUGACUGGUCAGCCAGCCACGUGGACCUCAAGUGGGAGCCUCCUCUAUCAGACGGAGGAUCUCCCAUCAUUGGAUACAUUAUUGAGAAGAAGGAUAAAUACAGCCCCAUAUGGGAGAAGGCUGUGGAAACACAUACGCCUACACCUUCCGGCACUGUCACUGGCUUAAUCGAAGGCAACGAAUACCAGUUCCGCGUGAUCGCCAUCAACAAGGCCGGUCAGAGCAAACCCUCGGAAGCCAGCAAGAACUUCGUGGCUAAACCCAGGUUCUUAGCUCCGAAGAUCGACAGGCGUCACCUCAGAGAUGUGACUAUUUCUGCUGGCUCUACGCUGAAGUUGGAGGCUGCGAUUACUGGUGAACCCGCUCCUGCUGUUGAAUGGAGAUACCAAAACAUGCCUCUCCGACCAUCGAAGGCGGUCAUGAUCGACAGCCCCGAAUACUUCACGAAGCUGGUCAUCCGACCAGUUCGUCGCGAUGACUCGGGAGAAUACACUGUGACUGCUGUCAACUCCAGCGGCAAGGAUCAAGUCACUAUUAAUGUGGUGGUCACUGAUAAGCCGAUGAAGCCUGAAGGACCGCUGCAGAUCUCCGACGUCCACAAGGAAGGCGCAACCCUCAAGUGGAAGAGGCCGAAGGACGACGGCGGCGCCCCCAUCGAGUACUACCAGAUCGACAAGCUGGAUACUGAGACCGGAUGCUGGGUGCCUUGUGCCCGCUCCGAUGAGCCUAAAUGUGACGUGACCGGGCUGACUCCUGGCAAGGAGUACAAGUUCCGCGUGUCGGCCGUGAACUCGGAAGGCGAGUCGGAACCCCUCACUUCUGAGGAGUCCAUCGUCGCCAAGAAUCCCUUCGACGAGCCUGGUGCACCAGGCACACCCUCAGUCACCGACUGGGACAAGGACCACGUGGACCUCAAGUGGACUCCACCCAGGGAAGACGGAGGCGCCCCCAUCGAGGGUUACAUCGUGGAGAAGAAGGACAAGUUCGGCAACUGGGAGAAGGCCCUGGAAGUGCCCGCGGAUAAGACCACGUGUACUGUGCCCGAUCUUAUUGAGGGACAGACUUAUGAGUUCAGAGUCCGUGCAGUGAACAAGGCAGGCCCGGGCGAGCCCAGCGACAGCACUCACCCGAUAGUGGCCAAGCCGCGCAACCUGGCGCCCAAGAUCGACAGGACCAACCUUAUCGAUAUCAAGAUCAAGGUCGGACAGAAGUUCGGAUUCGACGUCAAGGUAUCUGGAGAACCAAUGCCCGAAACGAAAUGGUUCCUCGCCAAGAAGGAAGUUAAAUCCAGCGGCGAUGUCAAAGUGCAGCAUUCUGACUACAAUACUAAGAUUAACUGCAAGUCGGCUAAGCGUGGUGAUAGUGGAAGGUACACUAUUACUGCUGAGAACUCGAAUGGCAAAGAUGUGGCUGAAGUUGAAGUUAUUGUGCUCGAUGUACCGAGCCCGCCGGGAGGACCUCUUAAGGUAUCAGACGUACACGCGAACGGCGCGAAACUCUCCUGGAACCCGCCCUCAGAUGACGGUGGACAGCCCAUUGAGAAGUACGUGGUGGAACGCAUGGACGAGGCCACGGGCAGAUGGGUGACUGCUGGAGAAACUGACGGACCGAAGACCAGUCUUGCUGUUGAAGGAUUGACUCCAGGACAUAAGUACAAGUUUAGAGUCAGGGCUGUUAACAGACAAGGCAAAUCCGAGCCUCUCACCACUCCUCACGCGACCGAAGCCAAGAAUCCGUUCGACGUCGCCGGCAAACCCGGUACACCCAAAAUCAAGGACUUCGACAGAGACUUUGUCGAACUCGAAUGGACCAGACCCCAGACCGACGGCGGAGCCCCCAUCACGGGCUACGUCAUCGAAAAGAAGGACCGCUUCGCCCCCGACUGGGAAGAAUGUGCCCAGAUCGAGGGUGAUGUCACUACUGGUAAGGUCCCAGACCUUAUCGAAGGUAACACCUACGAGUUCCGUGUCCGAGCCGUCAACAAGGCCGGAAAGGGAGAACCCAGUGAUGGAACUGCACCACAUCUUGCAAGACCCAAGAACUUGCCUCCUAAAAUUGAUAGGAACUUCAUGUUCGAUAUCAAGAUCAAGGUCGGACAGAACUUCGAUCUUGACGUGCCAGUCGCUGGUGAACCCACACCUACAAAGGAAUGGUUCAAUGGUGAUAACCUUAUCAUGAACUCUGACAGAGUCAAGGUCAUCAAUGACACACACAGCACUAAGAUUCGUGUCAUUGAUGGUAAGAGGGCUGAUUCUGGCACUUAUACUCUUAAGGCUAGGAACAUUAACGGUACUGACUCAGCUACUGUAAAGAUCACAGUCAUGGAUGUGCCCACACCACCUGAAGGUCCACUCCGUGCUGAUGACAUUACCAGGUCUGGCUGCACUCUUCGCUGGAGGCCGCCCAAGGACGAUGGCGGUGCUGAAAUUACCCACUACGUCGUCGAAAAGAUGGACCAAGAAAACAUGCGCUGGAUCCCAGCCGGUGAGGUCCAGUCCUGCAGCAUCAGGAUCGACCACCUCAUCGAAGGUCACGACUACAACUUCCGUGUCCGCGCUGUUAACAAACUUGGUGAAUCACAGCCCCUCGUUGGACACGAGCCAAUCACUGCUAAGGACCCCUACGGUACACCAGACAAACCUGGCACCCCAGUCGUCAAGGACUGGGACAAGGACCACAUGGACCUCGAAUGGGUCCCGCCGAAGAAGGAUGGCGGAUCACCCAUUACCGGCUACAUCGUCGAGGCUAAGAAGAAGUACGGACCAUGGGAAGUCGCCGCAACUGUGCCAGGAAACCAAACUACCGCCACUGUGCCUAACCUUCAAGAAGGUGAGGAGUACGAGUUCAGGAUCAUUGCCGUCAACAAGGCUGGUAAUGGAGAACCCAGCGAUGCCUCCACACCACAAGUGGCUAAGGCCAGGUUCUGUGCACCACACUUCGACAAAAUGCUCUUGGCAGACAAGACUGUCAAGGCUGGCCAGAGGAUCCAGUACGAGAUCCCGAUAGAAGCGUCGCCUAAACCAACAGUAGAAUGGCACAUCAACGGCAAGCUGGUCCAUCCUACUGACAGGAUUGACGUCCAAAUUCUACACAACAGGGUCAUUCUAGACAUUCCAUUCUCCGUCCGCGCUGAUGGAGGCGUUUACAAACUGACCUUGAAGAAUGACCUUGGCGUCUGCUCUGCUGCAGCUCAAGUCACCGUCCUCGACAGACCUUCGAGGCCUGAGAAACCUUUGGUCGUUUCUGACGUUACAAAGGAAUCAUGCUCGCUUACAUGGAAGGUGCCUUUGGACGAUGGUGGAUCACCGAUCCUCCACUACGUCAUUGAGAAGAUGGAUCUGUCUCGUGGUACCUGGUCUGAUGCUGGUAUGAGCACCUUCCUGUCACACCAAGUUACCAGGUUAAUUCACAUGAAGGAAUACUUGUUUAGAGUUAGCGCUGUGAACGCUAUUGGUCAGUCCGAACCUUUGGAGUUAGACCGCGCUAUUGUGGCUAAGAAUGAGUUCGAUGAGCCUUCCGCUCCUGGCAAGCCUAAAGCUACUGACUGGAGCAAGAGCCACGUCGACCUUGAAUGGGAGAAGCCCAAGUCUGAUGGUGGAGCACCUAUCACUGGCUACAUCAUUCAGAAGAAGGAGAAGGGCAGCCCCUACUGGGUGAAUGCUGUCCAUGUACCACCUGGCCAGACUAAGGCUACCGUACCUGAUCUUACUGAAGGCCAAGACUAUGAGUUCCGCGUCAUCGCCGUGAACCAGGCUGGACAAUCAGAGCCUAGCGAACCCUCAGACAUCAUCACUGCCAAGGACAGAUUCGUGGCUCCUAAGAUCCUUACACCACUAAGAGAGAUCCGCAUCAAGGCUGGACUUAUCUUCCACAUGGAUGUCGACUUCAUUGGAGAGCCUACUCCUGAGGUCACAUGGACUUGUGACGGCAAACCAGUGGUUGCCAACGAGAGGACAACAGUCACUAUUGUUGGACACCAUACUAUUGUUCAUACUGUGAACUGCAAGCGAUCAGACGCUGGCAAGUACACCUUGAAACUGAAGAACGAUUCUGGCACUGACGAAGGCAGCUUCGAAGUCAUCGUACUCGAUGUACCCGGAGCACCACAGCCGCCGUUCGUAUACGAAGAGAUUACGGCACAAUCCGUCACGUUGUCAUGGAAACCACCCAAAGACAAUGGCGGCAGCGAACUUACUGCUUACGUCAUUGAGAAGCGUGACCUCACCCACGGCGGUGGAUGGGUACCCGCUGUUACCUACAUCAACCCGAAAUUCAACCAUGCUACUGUACCUCGUUUGUCAGAAGGCACGAAGUACGAGUUCAGAGUGUUCGCUGAAAACUUGCAAGGUCGCUCUGAACCUCUGGUCACAGACAAGGCUAUCAUUGCCAAGAACCAGUACACAGUGCCCGGCAAGCCUGGCAAGCCAGAACUCGUGUCUGCAGACAAGGACCACAUCAACAUUAGAUGGUCUUCACCUAUCUCCAACGGAGGAUCCAAUAUCAUUGGUUACGACGUUGAGAGGAUGGACAAGGCUACUGGCCGCUGGAUUAAGAUGAACAAGGAACCAGUGAGACUGAACGAAUACAAUGAUGAGAGGGUACAGGAAGGUCACUCCUACGAGUACAGAGUCUCGGCAGUCAACGCCGCCGGACCUGGACAACCUUCCGACGAGUCCAACGUCUUCAUCGCCAAACCUAUGAAGGAAAGCCCGAAACUGAGGUUAGACCACCUCAUCGGCAGGAAGAUCAAGGUCCGCGCAGGCGAACCUAUCAAUAUCAACAUUCCAAUCAGCGGUGCUCCCACACCCACCAUCUCCUGGACCAAGGGAUCAGUUCCUCUGCUGCAUUCCCACAGGAUUACAGCAGAAACCAAGCCUGAUGAAACUAAGCUCAGCAUUGAGAAGUCCGUUCGCGAUGAUGCUGGUAAAUACACCAUCACAGCAACUAACGCACAUGGCAAAGACUCUGCUGACAUUGAAGUCAUCGUUGUUGACAAACCAGGAGUGCCUAAAGGACCUCUGCUAUGCCAGCCCGUCACUCAUGAUGCUGUCAGCCUAUCAUGGCAACCACCUACUGACGACGGUGGCAGUGAAAUCACUGGCUACGUUGUCGAAGUCGCUGAGUUCGGAGUCAACGACUGGCGUACAGUCGCUGGCUUCUGUCCCAAGUGCUCGUUCACUGUGAAGAACUUGACAGAAGGCAAGAAAUACGUGUUCAGGGUACGCGCUGAGAACCUAUACGGCGUCUCCGAUCCGUUGGAGAGCAAGCCUAUCCUCGCCAAGUCGCCGUUCGACCCACCAGAUGCACCAGAAACACCCAAGAUUACUGGAUACAGCUCCAACAGUUGUUCCCUCGAAUGGGAGCCACCGAAGGACUGUGGAGGCAAACCAGUCACUGGAUACUAUGUUGAGAAGAGAGAACGGGGAGGUGACUGGGUCAGGGUUAACAACUACCCUACACCUAACACUUGCUACACAGUGCCCGACUUACGAGAGGGUAACCGUUAUGAGUUCCGUGUCAUUGCUGUUAAUGAGGCCGGACCCGGCAAACCUAGCAAGCCGACCGAACCUAUCACGGCGCAGACACAGCGUCUUAAGCCAAGCCCGCCAGAAGCACCUAAACCUGACAGAGUUACCAAAGAUUCCGUCACGUUGUCUUGGAGGCCGCCGAAGAGCGAUGGUGGAGCCAAGAUCAAGGGCUACAUCGUACAACAGAAAGGCAAGGGAGACAAAGACUGGAAGGACGUUAACGACGUUCCUGUUCCCAACCUUAUACAUACUGUACCUAACCUUAAGGAAGGAGCUGAAUACCAGUUCAGGGUUAUCGCCGUCAACGAAGUUGGCCGAUCAGACCCGAGCAAGCCGACCAGCGACAUCACCAUCGCUGAACAGCCCAACAAACCAUGCAUGGACCUCGGAGGAGUCAGGGACAUUACUGUGCGUGCUGGAGAAGACUUCUCCAUUCACGUGCCAUACACUGGCUUCCCACAACCCACUGCUCAAUGGUUCGCCGACGACAACCUGCUUGACGUCGACGGAGACUCUAGAAUAUUCCAGAAGAUCACACCAGAGUCCGCGUCUCUUGUCGUCAAGAAUGCGAAGAGGUCAGACGGUGGACAAUACCGUCUGCAACUGCGCAACCCGUCAGGAUACGACACUGCUACCGUCAAUGUACGUGUACUCGACAGGCCUGGAAAACCAGAGAACCUGCGGGCUGAUGAAUUCGAGGGUGAAGCUCUCACCUUAUACUGGAACCCACCCAAGGACAACGGAGGCGGUGAAAUCACCAACUACGUCGUCGAGAAACGCGAAGGCAGAACCGCCAACUGGACCAAGGUGUCUGGCUACGUUACCACUCCGUUCUUACGCGUGAAGAACUUGACCGUUGGAAGGGACUACGAAUUCAGGGUUAUGGCUGAGAACCAGUACGGUCAAUCUGACCCAGCUCAGACCACAGAGCCGAUUAAGGCUAGACAUCCAUUCGACCCGCCGGGUGCUCCCGGAGCGCCUCGCUCUGUGGAGACUACGGAGUCUUCUAUCACCAUUACCUGGACCAAGCCCCGUCACGACGGUGGAUCACCUAUUACUGGCUACAUCGUCGAAAAGCGACUCAUUACUGAAGACAAAUGGACGAAGGCAUCUCACGCACACAUUCCUGAUACAACUUACAAGGUCACUGGUCUGAUUGAGAACCAUGAGUAUGAGUUCCGUGUGUCUGCGGUUAACGCUGCUGGCCAGGGACCUUACUCUGCAAGCUCUGAUGCCAUCAGGGCCUGUGCACCACCCAACUCGCCGAAGAUCACCAGUGAUCUCAGCCUCAGGGAUAUUACUGUUAUUGCUGGAGAGGAGAUCAAGAUUACUGUGCCUUUCACUGGCAACCCGAGGCCGAAGGUAUCAUGGAUAAUCAACGACAAGGAAGUGUUCCCUGACGCCCGCAUCCGGUUCGUGACGUCAGAUGUCGACACUGUAUUCCACAACACUCCUGCGAAGAGGUCCGACACUGGAUCCUAUACCAUUCAGCUGGUUAACAGCGAAGGAUCUGACAGUGCUACUUGCAGGGUGUUAGUAGUAGACAGACCAACGCCGCCACAAGGACCUUUGGACGUGACGGAUAUUACUCCCGACACUUGCACGUUGUCAUGGAAACCGCCGCUAGAUGAUGGUGGCUCGCCCAUCACCAACUAUGUGGUGGAGAAGAUGGAUAACAGUGGAGUAUGGUCAAAGAUCUCAUCGUUUGUCCGCAACUGUCACUACAAUGUCAUGGGCCUGGAACCGAACCGCAAGUACUGGUUCCGCGUCCGCGCUGAAAACCAGUACGGAGUCUCCGAGCCUUUGGCCAUGGAGGACCCGAUUACUGCCAAGUUCCCAUUCACGAUCCCCGACCCGCCGGGCGUACCCCGCGUCACCGACUGGGACGGCUCAGCCGCCACCGUCAUCUGGGACCGACCUCGCUCCGACGGUGGAGCCAGGAUACAAGGCUACAAGCUCGAGUACAGAGACGUACAAGAUGGCGUCUGGAACAGCGCUGAUUAUCUCGUUAAGGACUGUAAUUACCAGGCUUAUAACUUAGAGCCCGGUCACGAGUACGAGUUCCGUGUCCGUGCUAAGAACGCAGCGGGUUGGAGCAAGUAUUCGGCCAGCUCGCAGCCGUACAAGGUGCGGGGUAAGGCGCACCCCCCGGCGCCGCCGCGUGCUCCUCGCGUGGUGAGGGUCGGAAGGAACUAUGUGGAUCUGUCUUGGGACCCGCCUGCGCAUGAUGGAGGUGCUCGCGUAACUGGCUACAUCAUCGAGCGUCGCGACGUCGGCAGCUCAGUCUGGGUGAAGUGCAACGACUACAACGUACAGGACACCACGUUCACCGCCAUGAACCUCAACGAGAAGGCAGACUACGAGUUCCGUAUUGUCGCUGUCAAUUCUGCUGGCAAAUCAGAACCCUCAAGCUGCACCACACCAGUUCGCACCGGCGAGGAGUUGGGAGGCACGAAGCCGGAAUGGAUGAAGCAGUUACCAGCUACUUCAUGCGCUCCUCUCGGCAAACCCUUCACCUUGGAGUGUAUUGCCACCGGCAACCCGGUACCUACUGGCAGGUGGUUGAAGAACGGCAGAGAAGUUGUGCUUGGCACCAGGUUCAUAGCAGAAUCUCGCGAGGGUACACUCCGUCUAAACAUCAUGGCAGCCACCGACGCCGACGAGGGUGACUACACUUGCGAAGCCGUUAAUAAUAUCGGCUUUAUUUACUGCACUGGUCAUCUGAAGAUUGGAAACCCACCACGCAUCGUCCGCAUGCCCGGAGACCUACACUUACCCGAACACGACAACACGAAGAUCAAGAUCCUCUACACCGGAGACCAGCCAGCCGACGUGGUCCUCACCAGAGACGGACACAAGCUAUCCGAGUCCCCACACUUCAAGUUCACCGUGUUCGAUGAUUACAUCCUCAUCUUUAUCAAGGACAUCUCCAAGGAUGAUAUGGGCAUCUACAAGCUCCAAAUCACCAACAAAUCAGGCGAAACAUCAGACACGUUCACAGUCACAGUCACCGGUCUCCCCGGACCUCCUCAAGGACCUCUGGAGACGUCAGACAUCUCCCGUCACUCCUGCACUCUGGCUUGGAAGCCUCCCACUUACGACGGAGGUCUACCUGUUACUCACUACGUCAUUGAACGUUGUGACAUCUCGGGAACCGCUUGGAUUACCAUUGCGUCAUCUGUGAGGGAUACCAAGUUUACGGUUCAAGGCUUGACGGAAGGACAGGAAUAUAACUUUAGAGUACAUGCGGCUAAUGAUAAUGGUGUUGGACCGGCUUUGGAAGGCGCUAACCCGAUUAAGGCUAAGGCACCAUAUGACCCACCAUCAGCUCCUGGCAUUCCCAAGAUCCUGGAGAUCGGAGGAGACUUCGUUCACCUGGAAUGGGACAAACCAGAGAGUGAUGGCGGAUCUAGGAUUCAAGGCUACUGGAUCGACAAACGCGAAGUUGGCACGAACACCUGGCAGCGCGUAAACCCGACGCUCUGCCUACCCAACCAGUGGAACUGCUCCAACCUCAUCGAGGGCCGGCAGUACGAGUUCCGGGUGACGGCACAGAACGAGGCCGGAGUCUCGCCGCCUAGCACUGCCAGUCAGCAGGUCAAGGUCGUCGAUCCUAAAGCGGCCACCCCGCCAGAGAUCGUGAAGCCGCUGAAGAACGCCAACUGUAUACAGUACCACAACGCCAAGUUCACGUGCACCAUCACUGGACUGCCGAAGCCUACCAUCACGUGGUAUAAGGGAGCACGCGAAAUAACGAACGGACCUCGCCACCGCAUCUGGAGCGAGGGUGACAACCACUUCCUCACCGUCAUGGACGUGUUCGGCGAAGACGCCGACGAGUACGUCUGCCGGGCUGUUAAUAGGGCCGGUGUCAAGAGUACUAGGGCUGAACUGUUGAUUAUGACCGCACCAAAACUGAACGUGCCGCCUCGUUUCCGGGUCACGGCAUACUUCGACAAGGGCGAGAACGUUGUCAUCAAGAUUCCCUUCACUGGACACCCGGUGCCCAAGAUCACGUGGGUGAGGGAGGGAGAAACUAUUGAGUCUGGACAUCAUUAUCAUGUGGAGAGGAAAGAACGUCACGCGAUUCUAACUAUCCGCGACGCCAGCAAGCUCGACUCCGGCCCGUACAGGAUCACCGCUGAGAACGAGCUGGGACAGGACUCCGCUACCAUCAACGUUGAGAUUAGCGACCGUCCGGACCCGCCCCGCUUCCCAGCCGUGGACAACAUCGGCGUGGACUCUCUUGCACUCAGCUGGAAGGCGCCAGUGUGGGACGGAGGCUCAGACAUCACCAACUAUCUGGUGGAGAAACGAGAACAUCCCAUGUCCAGUUGGAUAAGGGUUGGCAACACCAGAUUCACAACAAUGGCGAUCACAGGCCUAGUCCCCGGCAAGCAGUACGAGUUCCGCGUAUACGCUGAGAACAUCUACGGCAGGUCGGAGCCUAGCGAGCCCACUACGCUGGUGCAGACCAAGGCGAUUAUCAAGAAGGAGUUCAAGAAGAAGGAGUAUCCUGUUGACGAAACCGGCAAACGUAUCCGCACGAACGCAGACCACGGUCCAGUGAAAGACUACGACAGCUACGUGUUCGAUAUCUACAGCAAAUACGUGCCGCAACCAGUCGAUAUCAAUACUUGCUCUGUAUACGACAAGUAUGAUAUUCUUGAGGAGAUUGGUACAGGCGCUUUCGGAGUUGUCCACCGUUGCCGCGAGAGGGCCACAGGCAACUACUUCGCAGCCAAGUUCAUACCCGUCGCAGGGGCCAUGGAGAAGGAGCUGAUCAAGAAGGAGAUUGAUAUCAUGAAUCAACUGCAUCAUAGGAAAUUGAUUAAUUUGCAUGAUGCCUUUGAAGAUGAUGAUGAGAUGGUCCUUAUUUUCGAGUUCCUAUCCGGCGGCGAGUUAUUCGAGCGCAUCACAGAACCCGGCUACAACAUGUCAGAAGCCGAAGCCGCUCACUACAUGCGACAGAUCUGCGAAGGAGUCAGACAUAUGCACGAACAGAACAUUAUACAUCUCGACCUGAAGCCGGAGAACGUUAUGUGCCAGACUAGGACUGGUACUGAUGUUAAGAUCAUCGACUUCGGCCUAGCAACUAAACUAGACCCGAACGAAGUGGUCAAGAUCUCGACCGGCACGGCCGAGUUCGCGGCGCCUGAGAUAGUCGAACGCGAACCUGUCGGCUUCUACACUGACAUGUGGGCCGUGGGAGUGCUGUCUUAUGUGCUCCUCUCCGGCCUAUCACCGUUCGCGGGUAACAACGACAUUGAAACCUUGAAAAACGUGAAGGCUUGCGACUGGGAAUUCGACGAGGAAGCCUUCCAGCACGUCUCUGAUGAUGCCAAGGACUUCAUCAGGAGGCUGCUCGUUAAGAACAAGGAGAAGCGUAUGACGGCUCACGAGUGCCUGAUGCACAAGUGGCUGGCGGGCGACGCGGCGGCCGCGCGCACCGCGCACAUCGACGCGCGCCGCUACGAGGCGCUGCGCGACCGCCUGCGCAACCAGUACGAGAACUGGUCAUCAUUCAAACUGCCGAUCGGCAGGCUGAGCGAGUACAGCUCUCUGCGAAAACUUCUCAUCGAGAAGUGGAAGAUCUACGAUGGACAGUUCGACCGUCGCCAAGCAGCACCUCGGUUCGUCAUCAAACCACAAUCGGCGUUCUGCUACGAAGGACAGUCGGUGAAGCUGUACUGCCGCAUCAUCGCCUGCGCCACGCCCACAGUCACCUGGUCCAGGAACAACCACGAGCUGCGACAGUCCGUCAAGUUCAUGAAGAGGUACGCGGGCGACGACUACUACUUCAUAAUAAACCGCGCGAAGUUAGAAGACCGCGGCGAGUACAUCAUCAGGGCUGAGAACCAUUACGGCUUCAGGGAAGAGGUCGUCUUCCUGAAUGUACAACCGGUACCGAAGGUCCAACGCCAGCAUCUGCCCGAAGCCCCGCGCAGACGCGAAGCCCUUCCAUACACAUUCUGGCAGGAGUCGAGCGAGACGGCGCCCGCCUUCACCUUCCAGCUGCGGCCUCGCGUCAUGCAGGCGCGGGACACCUGCAAGCUGCUGUGCUGCCUCAGCGGCAAGCCCACGCCGACUGUCAAGUGGUACAAAGACAAACGCGAGUUAUCAAAGUACGACUACGCGAUGACUCACUCAGAUGGAGUGGUCACCAUGGAGAUCAUAGAUUGUCGGCCGGAAGACAGUGGGAAGUACACUUGUAUCGCAACCAAUGUGCACGGCACCGAUGAGACUUCGUGCGUUGUUAUUGUUGAAGGCGAGGUAACGUCACCUGAGCAAGCGCAGAUGAUCCACAACUUCCUGCACUCGGGAGACCGCCGCUAUAUUGAGAAGCCUCUCAAACCGGCGCCACCACCGAUUAUUACUAAGACUAAGGUGACAAUCGACCCGCCCGCCAAAUCCGCGCCCAGACCAAAGUAUUCCCCUCAGAGUUCUGUGGACGCCAGUAAGAAGAAAUAUGGCGGACUUGCGAGACUGGACUCUGAUACCUCGUCGAGGUCCAGAAGUGCUACUAAAGAGCUUAUAUUACCAGCAUCAGACUCAACAAUGUGCGGACCAUCAUUCGCCCGCUCGCUGCCCGACGCACUGGCCGCCAAGGACGGCGCCCCGCUGCUGCUGUCGGCGGCCGUGCGCGGCGACCCCGACCCGCGCGUGCAGUGGUACAAGGACGGCAAGCCGCUGCACUCCUCUGAGGUUGUAGACCUCAAGUACAAGAACGGAGUAGCAUCGCUGGCCAUCAACGAGGUGUUCCCUGAAGACGAGGGCGUCUACUCGCUGAAGGCCAUCAACAGCCAGGGCGAGGUGGAAACCAAGUGCAAAGUUACUGUUAAACCAAUGGAAAGCGCCGUUAGCGCGGCCGCCGUGAAGUUGGGCGACAAGCCGCCUAGAAUAGUGGACCAUGCACAGUCGCAGACCGUCACCGACGGAGACGCUGUCACGCUGUCCUGCAGAAUCACAAACGCGGAACGCUUCGAUGUGAUCUGGCUGCACAACAACAAGGAGAUCAAGCCCUCGAAGGACUUCCAGUACUCCAGCGAGGCCAACAUUCACAAACUGCACAUCGCUGAAAUAUUCCCUGAGGACGCUGGCGUAUACACAUGCGAGGCGUUCAACGACGCCGGCGAGUCGUUCUCGUCGUGCAGCCUCGUGGUGCAAGUGCCGGGCGAGGCAGCCACCGUGCCUCAGUACACCGCCUACCCUGCCUCUGCCACCGUGGUCAACGGUGAACCUGCUGUCUUCCAUGCUGAGCUGGAUAAGCCACCACUCCAGCUUCAGUGGCUGAAGGACGGCAAACCCAUCGACGAAACCUCCGCCAGAUAUAAGUUCAUGAUGGAGGGUACCUCGAGGUACCGACUGGAGAUCGUCAAGGGCAGCCCCGACGACGCCGGCCAGUACCAGGCCCGCGCCGUCGGCUCCAAGGGCGACGCCCUCGCAGCCUUCUAUCUUAACGUCAUCGACCACUAAACUAAGGACUGACCGGGAAACCACAGCGGACCCAAAACAAACCCCUGUGGAACACCCACGCAAUAUCAAACACUCUCAAACUGGAUGAAACGAUAUAUUGAGUAUGAGUAACGAUUUUUUAUACAAUUCGGAGUCUAAGUGUGUAAAGCAGUUUUUUUUAUAAUUAUAAUAAAUUAUUUAUUAAUUAAACAGUUAUGUUAAGUGUUACACCCUGUCGAAUGCCUAUGAGAAGACGCCUGGACGAUCGAAUCCUCGUACGCUCUCUAGUCACUGUUAACUUUUAAAUGUUAUUUAUUUAUUUGUCAACUAUUAUCCGUUGUUAUUUUUUUGUUUAUUUAUCGUCCUGAUCUAACAGAUAUGCAGCUUAUUUAAAAAAAGCUUGAGUUUAAUAAAUGUUGGCAUAGAUUGUAAGCCAGGGUCGUGGGCCAUGCCGCCGCCACCUCGGCGUGACCUGCCUCCCUCGCUCAUCAAAAUCUCUAUAAUUAUUUUUAUAUAAAUUUAACUGUAUUAUUUAAUUGUACAUAAUUUAAUUUAUAUCAUGUGACCGCGUAAUUUAUGAAUAAAUAUGUAUACUUAAAAAUAA